UCUCUAAACCGGAUGUUUAUGUUACCUAGACAAUACAAGCUCUCGUUUACUUCGAGAUCCUUAUCUAAUUUUUUUUUUUCAGAAAGAAUUUCUAUUUUAGUUUCAUAAUCGAAAGAAUUUUAGAAUUUUCUAUUAUAUUUGGCAACUACUUUGAAUUAUAUUUUCUAUUUCAUCUUGAGAACAGUUCAAAAUUGGUCACGUGACUUUCAAUAUGGCAGAUUUGGUUCAUUAAGUGAGGAAAAAAUCUUUCUUGAUCAGUGUAUUUAAAUCCAACAUCAGCCAUGCAUGGGGGAGGUAUGAUGAUGGUUACUGGUAGUAGCUAUGGGCAAAUGCCAUAUGGAGGACGCUCAGAGAGUAGAAUGCGGGACCAUUUGAGUGAAAAUGUGAAGAGGAUGAGGCAAAUUCAGAGACAGUCCAGAGAAAGAGAAGCCAGUGCACACCAACCAGUUAAAGCUUUAUGGAAAUCUGAAAAAUAUAGUGGGAUUACAUCAAAAAUCAAGGAAGAUAUACAGAGGCCUCCAUCUGCUCCAAGGCCAAAGUCUGCUACAUUUCUCCGAGCACACUCAAGAACAGGUCCUUCGAUCAAAAACAUCUCUCGCCCCUGCACCCCGGACCCUCCAGCAGAAAAAUUGACUGUUCCUCCAGCCAGGUGUUCAAGUGAAAUUAAAUUUAAUAGAAAUGAUGUAGACUUUAUCAGAGUCAAUGGAAUAUCAGCAAAGCAUCAAACAAUAAAGAGAAGUCCUAGUGUGAAUGCUUUGGAUGACCUGAAGAAAAAAGAAGAAGAAGAGUACAAUAAGCAUCGCAGAGGAGCUGUCCCGAAAUAUCUCCAAGUACGCAAGGAGCAGUGGAAGAAAACAGAAGAGGACCGGGUAGCUAAUACCCCUGACCCCGAGAUGCCCCCAGGUCACCGUCUGCUGCCAGAGAAAGAACGACAUGAAACGCUCAAACUUCUGCUAACAAAGGAAAAGGAGCUUGUGAAUGAGUUAAGUGCUCUACCACUCCGCAUGGACACUUUCAGAAUCAGGUCACAGAAACAGGAACUAGAGGGGAAAAUAGCAGAAAUUGAUGAAGCGAAGAAAAUAUUCAACCGUCCAAAAGUGUUUGUAAAGGUUAACAGCUGAAGUUCUCUUAUCUUUCAUUAUGGGCAUCCUCUAUGUGAUUUAAUUUAUAUACCUAUCAGGACAUUGGUUGAAGUUUUGAAACAUUUGUUGUAGAUAAUCUAUAUUAUUGCGAUCUGUAGAUACUGUUGUUAUAAAGUCACAGUUAUGACUUAGAUAGUAGUAUAUGGGAACAAUGUCAGGGUGAUAUUGGAUUGAAUGUUCAUUGUAGAUUGUCUUUGUAAACUCUGACAAUUCAUACACAGAGCGACUCUUGCUGCGUCUGACUGUCGGGGAAACAUUUUGAGUUUGACAUUAUGGACUACGUGAUACUCUGUUUUAUUAUAUACGCAUUGUUUUCCCAUUGUUGUCAGUGCUGUUGAUUUCACAGUGUGAUCUGACACUCUGGUUUUCUGAUUCUACAUCAUCUCUCUCAGAAACUGAUGAUGUCACAAUGCAUCCACUCAGGUUUCUGUGGAAAUUGAUCAACAGCGUCACAGACAAAACUGCUUACACAGAAAAUUAUUUCACUGUAUGCUUGUCUUUUGGCUAACUAAGGAAUUAUUUUAUCAUCUCAUUGUUAAUGUAAAUGUGUAUUUAAAGAUACAUAAGGGGGCAAACGAUAAAUUUAUCAUUACUACAGUAACUUGGUGCAAAGAAUAGGAUCACAUCUCGUUGAUAGGCACAAAUCAUCAGAUCAAACUUCACGCAAAGUGUUGAGUUUGAUCUGAUGAUCUGUGCAUGUCAACUUGACAUAAGGCCAAAAUAAAAAUAUUGUUUGUUUCCCCUCGCCCGACCGAGUCUGAAAAUUCACACCGACCCAUAAGUUUUUAUUACGCCAUUCUGGUGAAGUUUUUUUUUUAAUUUUAAGAAAAUUUCAAGGUCGUUUCUGGUGCAGAUCAGUAUUUUAUAAUGACAAAAAUUUUCUAUAUCUUCUUUGGUUUCGAUCCAAAAUAAAAAAAAUAAUAAUACGAAUACAGGAGGUGUUCUGGUCCGAAAUCUAGAAAUUUCGCCGCCUCCAGCUGGAGGCAGCAUUCUCUGGCUGAUUUCAAAUACUUACAAGCCGAAUUCAAUUUUAAGCUCAUAACUAAUCAAUAAAACGAUUCUUCUUGUACUUACUAAUAUCGAUUUUAUGGGUUCUUUCAUCACAUAAACAGUCUCUUGAAAACAUUUUAUCAAACUGUCGAGCUUUGUUUUGAGUCACGAGACUCGUUUGCUCAAAUGACAGUGAAAAUUCGGUUGACUACAACUGUUGGUUUCUGUUUAAUAUCGAAUUUUGGAUUGAUAUUUUCUUUUAAUCGAUAUUAAUAAGUACAAGAAUCAUGAUUGUUUUAUUGAUUAGUUACAAGUGAGUUUAACAUUGAAUUCGGCUCGCAAUUCGGACUAGUGAUCUGCAAGAUCGAGAUGGAGAAAUGUUGUCUAUACGAGGAGCGAGGAAACAAGAGAAUUCGGGGCAUCCAGUGUGCAAGUUGUGUUCUUCAGUAGGGGAAAGUGCUGAUAUUUCGGACGGAUGCGAUAUUUUUGACAGUCAAUCAGAAGCAUUCUGAAUUUAACUUAUUUCUGAACUAAUGCUAUAUUUACAAACUGGAAAACACCUAAUUAUAUGCACAUUUGUAACUCAGCUCUGAUUGGUUGAUGUCAGCAUCCAUUUUGUUUGAUCGGCAAAAUCAAGUCCCGUUGAAACGUUUUCUGGUAAACUAGAUCUACCGAUAUCAUUUAAAAAUAUAAUCAAAAUCACUAUCAUAUACAAAUUAAGAUAAUGUGCAAAAAACAAAAGAAUAAAAUGUCAGUGAACCAUAAAUAAAAGACAGCAACCGAGUUUACCAAUUUUAUAACACCAUGUGUCCAAAACUAACACCAUUGUCCAUAGUUGCAACAUUCUCCCUAACUUUAUUUAAGUGUUAGUAUGUGGCAUAAAUAGCAGAGAAAAUUCUGAUGAAACCCAAUGUUCGUCGAAUCAACCAAUAUGUAUACAUGUAGUCCAAUGCCUAAGUUUAGUGGUUAGAUAAUGAGCAUUUCCAAAAUACAUGAAGUACUGUCCGAAAUAUCGACACCUUCCCUAAUUGCAAAACGUGGCAAUCAAAGCAGAAUUUACGCGAGAACUGACUAUACGAGUUUGAUGAGGAAACAUGGAUGAUGUGAUUCACGACGUUUGGUAUCGGGCAUUGUUAAUGGUUAUGGGAAUUUCAUAAUAAAUAAAAUUCUGCUAGCUAAAAAAAACAAAACUUUUUACCUACCUACCGACCUUCCUCUGAAAUUUAGGGUCGGGAGAGGGGAAACAAACAUAUUUUUAAAUGUGGCCUAAUCCAAUUCUAUGCAUCAAGUUAAUGAGGUAAUAAUACAUGCAUACAUAGAUUAAGUCUUAUUGACAAUAUUUUGUAUGAAAUAUAGAUGUUAUCCCUUAUAAAGUCAUUGAAUGCUUUUACUAGGUUUUUGUUGAAGAAGAUUUAAGUUUUUUGUAUAAAGUAAAAUUGUAAUUGUCAGUAUAUACAUGCAUUUCUUUUCUUUUUUAAACACAUCUGUUGUAAAAUGUUUGACUUGCUCCUUGUCUUUUGCUUUGUGUGUGUCUUACCAUAAUUAACAUUCUCUGAGGGUAAUUUUUGUAUUGUACAUUUUGUGUUUGGGGUCAUUGAGGGUUACAUUGACCCCUCCAGUUACUAAUAGGCUCAGCCCCUGUGUUUUUGUUGAAGGCACACUCACAUGUAUGCCAUAUGUAUGUUGAUGGAUGCACAAGUUAUUGGUUCAGAUGAUAUUUGUAGUAACUAGCAAGUCAAAAUGUUGAGUUUUGAAUUUCAUCUUUUAAUUGCAUUUUGAUAAACAAAUUAUUUUCCAUUUACAUGUAUUCUUCAGACUAUUAUUAUUCGAUCUUGGCAAAUACUUGUUCUUUUUCAAUGAAUGUAGGGUUAUUGAUAGAAUCGAAGAAAGAUACCUGUAGAAAAUAAAUUAUCUUUAAAAUAUUCAUA